AGCAAGACAUAUUAACUCCAGCCUCCCAUGAAAAUCCACCUACUCUGACUCUGAACAUGGGCAAGAAGGUGGCCAUUGUCUUGGCUGGCUGUGGUGUAUAUGAUGGCAGCGAAAUCCAUGAGUCUUCUGCUGUGCUGGUGCAUCUCAGCAGGGAGGGGGCACAGGGAGAGUUUUAUGCUCCUGAUAUAGACCAGAUGCAUGUGGUGGAUCACGUGAAAGGUCAGCCAACUCAGGAGAAACGAAACGUGCUGAUUGAAAGUGCCAGAAUUGCUAGAGGCAACAUCAAAGACCUGGCCAAACUGAAUGUCAAGGAAUUGGAUGCUCUGAUCAUACCAGGUGGUUUUGGAGUGGCCAAAAAUCUUAGUACUUGGGCUGUAGAGGGAAAGAACUUCACUGUCUCCAAGGCAGUGGAGGACACUCUGAAGGCAUUCCAUGCUGCCAAGAAGCCCAUUGGCUUGUGCUGCAUUUCCCCAGUGCUGGCAGCCAAAAUCUUCCCAGGAUGCGAGCUGACUGUUGGACAUGACACAGAAUGUGAGAAGUGGCCCUAUGCAAAGACUGCUGAAACCAUGAAGGAACUUGGCUGUAAACAUGUAAACAAACAUAUAAAUGAGAUUCAUGUAGAUGCAAAGAACAAGCUGGUGACUACCAGUGCCUUCAUGUGCAAUGCCCCGAUCCAUGAGGUCUAUGAUGGCGUUGGAAAGAUGGUCAAAGAAGUGCUCAGAUUGGCUUAAAUGCAAAACUACAGAAUAUGCUGUAAAAUGGAGUCCAGGUCUCCUGACAAGGCAUUGAUUAUACAAUGUAGCCACUGAGUAUGGAGCACCAGCCUACCCUUCCCACCCAUUUGUGUCACAAGAUGAAUUUUUUAUCAAGUUGAAUCCUUUGCUACUGAACAAUUAUCAAGAAGGGGGACCUCUAGAAAAAAAAUCUUGAUUUCUUGCCACCCUUACCUUGCUAAGAGACACCAUAUAGUAAGCUGGCAAUGCAAUGGAAGCACUGGCAGCACCUAUUCACAUCACUGUAUGCCAAGCUUCUAGUGGGAGGAGAUAUAGCAAUUGUAUGUGGUUCUGAAUAGCUGAGGAAUAUGUCAGACAUGAAUGGACCAACCUGAACUUUCUCUUGGUUCGUCUCAAGUCCUAGAUCUUGGUGCUAAUACCUUUUUCCCUCCCCCGCCCCCUCCCCACAAUCCCUGCUAUGUUAUGUUGCAAGACUUUUUACCAACAUGUAAAGGCUCUAAUGAAACACAAAAUGUGUCAACUCCCACCUUGUGUUUCACCUCUUAGGAAUAAAAGUAGAAACAGAUCCAGAGAGAGGGAGAGACAUUUUUAAAACUUCAUAGAAAUGGGGAUAUGGAGACCAUUACAGAUGUAAUAAAAGACCCAAAACUUUUUAAGGAGAUAACUAUCAGAGUUGCUUUGAAGACUUGUUCUGUGGAACUUGAAAAUCAGCCCUAGAAUAUGGGUGUACCAAGCUGCAUCUUCAGCAUCUUUAUGCUCAUGUUGGCAAAGUUACACUUGCCUGUUUUAAAACAAUUGCAACCAUGUAAGAUGAGGACCUUUUUUUUUAAAUUUGGGAAAAGGUAUUCAGAUUUUCCAAGAAUUCAAUUCCCUCAGUAGGUGCAAGGGGGCUAGCAUUCCUAUGAGACCCCAGCUAUGCUGACAUUUUCUGGCAUGUAUCACUUAUAUCAAAAGCUUGUCUUUCUACUAAAUAAAAUUAGAAACUUGUUAAAUCUA